AUGUAUUCCAUAUCGUACCUCUGCCUUCUGCUCGCUUUCGCGAACGCACAACAGAACCCGAAAGUUGUCCAGACAGACCUCAUCCACUUCAAGUCGCAAGCGUCAGGCCCCUUUAUCCCUCUUGUCCAGUUUUCGCUUGAGAACCAAACCAUCAAUGCUCUCUUCGACACGGGUAGCAGCGAUAUCAUCGUUCCCCAGAAGGGCAGUUCCAUUUGCCAGAACCCUGCCCAGCAGUGCGACAACUCCUCGGCAUCUGGCUUCGUCACGGGUGCCUUUGACACACCGGCUGGUCUCGCUCGCGUCAAGGGUUUAACAUUGCAAGCCAAUUUUGUCAAUGGCGCUGAGUUCAACGGCGACUUUGCGGCGCUCGAUCUAGCGAUGGACGGGCAGACCGUCACGGGCACGACGGUGGGCAUCUUCACCAGCGGCUCGCUGCCGCCCGAUGCGCCGCUGUUCCCCGUCUUUGGCGUCGGGCCCGUCCAAGGCGAGGCCGUGGGCCCUACGCAGCCUCAGCAGGGCAGGAAGCUCAGGCGCCAGGCGGGCAACUUUGCGAAUCUAUACCCAAACCUGCCUGCGCACAUGAAGGAGAUUGGUAUGAUCAAGUCGAACGCCUUCAGCGUCUACACCAAUGAUGUUCGAGCCAAGACGGGUUCCAUCAUCUACGGAGGCAUCGACACUGCCAAAUUCGAGGGCCAGCUUCAGGAAGUGCCUCUAGAACGAACGAACGACGGCGCCCUGCCCUCCUUCGUGAUCAACUUUAGCUCUGUGUCCAUGGAGACGGGUAUUAGCGGCGGCAACGGGAAAAACUCUUCAUCGCCCACCAACAACGGCGCACCUCGGACAGCAGCAGCCACUACGGACCUCACACCUCGAGACGGCCUUCCCGUGGCCCUGAUGGAUACCGGGGCUCCCUCUAUCCUCUUACCCGCCCCCUCAAUGCAGAUGCUCGCCACGGCGUUGGGCACGACCUUCUCGGAACAAGACGGCCUCGGGCUCAUCGACUGCCAGAAGCUGACGGCCGAUAGCGCCAUGGUGUUUAGGUUCAAUAAUGAUGCCAUCACGAUCAGGGCGCCCAUGGACACGCUCGUCGUGCCGCAGGAGCUCGUCCAGGAUGCGCGCCCGGGACAGUGCGUGCUGCCCGUGUUCCCGAGCCAGGACACGGCCGUCAUGGGGCUGCCGAUGCUGCAGUCUGCAUACGUGGUGUUUGACAUGGACGGCGAGAAGCUUUUGAUGGCGCAGGCCAAGUUCAAUGUGACCGAGUCUAGCCUUCGGGAGUACCCAUAG